AUGAAGAUCAGCCGAAGUAAAACGGAAUAUAUGUGUGUCAAUGAAAGAGAUGGUGAUGGACGUGUUAGUAUGGAAAACAUCGAAAUCAAGAAAGUCCAAGAAUUUAAAUAUCUGGGACAACAAUGGAUAGAGAUGGAGACAUUCACACGGAAGUUAGCAAGAGACUGCAGUCAGAUCAAGGGCAAGGUAUACAGAACUUGCGUGAGACCAGCCAUUAUGUACGGCCUAGAAACAAUCCCCCUCACGAUAGCUGCUGAAAGCAAAAUGGAGGUAGCAGAGAUGAGAAUGCUGCGUUUCUCGCUGGGGCUGACGAGGUUAAAUAGGGUCCCAAACUAA